CAUAUAUUUAAUAACAAAAAAUAUUUAUUGUUGCUAGCGUGAACUUCAAAAGAAUCAAUGUUUUUGAAUGUUUUUCAAUUAAUGAAUUAUUAUAAGCAGCCAACAACAAGCAAAGGAAAUUUGAAAAUAUUAAAAAACUCCCUUUGAAAUGGAAUACAAUAACGGAAUAAUAUACAGGAAUGAAUCUUGGGAUUUUGAUGAUGAUUUAGGUGGCAUUGGAACUGUGUUAUUUCGAUACAUGAAAAAACACUCGAAAAAAGUAGCAUUGAUUCAAAGCGAAACUGACGAGUCACAGACAUUCGAGUCAUUACUCGAAAGAUGCAUAAAAGUUUCUUUGCAUUUAAAUGAAAUUGGAAUCAAAAAAGGGGAUCGAAUAUGUAUUUGUGCCGAAAUGACUAUUUCCUCUUACGUGGCGAUACUUGCAUCCUAUUUUAUAGGAGCUGUAAUCUAUUGUUUAGAGCCAUCGCUUCCUCCAUCGGAGUCGGCCAUUCACGUGAAUCACUUACCGCCUGCACUAUUUUUUGUAACUGAAACAGCCGAAAACGUUCUAAGCACAGUUUUAGAACAAACGAACAUCUCUUCCAGAGUGAUAGUACUGAAUAAAGCAUUUGAAAAUAUCUGCGAGACUGAGAAAAAAAAAAUUCAAAAUUUUGUUCCAGAAUAUAUCAAAGAUUCUGCAGAAACAGCAUGUAUUUUCUUUAGCAGUGGCAGCACUGGAACGCCAAAAUCAGUGCAACUCAAUCACUAUUAUUUAUAUUGUGUUAUACCUGAUAUUUCAAAAACUUGGAGUAGAGUGGGCUUAAAUCUUAAGGAUUUAAAGGAUCCAAUGGUUUUUGCAUGCUCCAACUGGCACUGGGUGUCUUCCCUAUAUAUGUUAUUGUUAUGUACUUCGAAUGGAGCUACUCGAGUGCUCCUACAAAAUCUCAGUGGACCCAAAAUCUGGAAAAUCAUUCGAAAAUAUAACAUUACAAGCCUAUCUUUAUCCCCUUAUUACUGCAUAGAGUUUUACAAUUCUGCUCCAGCAAAUCCAAAAACCUAUUUAAAGUCAUUAAAGGAAUUACUUUAUGGUGGUUCAAGACUUGCCGAAAAAUAUGUUGUGCUUAUUAAUAAUUUACUACAACCAGAAGCUUAUGCUAGAUCGUCGUAUGGUUUAACUGAAGCUGGACUCUUGACAGGUUUCGAUCCAUUUAAUGAAAAACAUCGACAAUAUAUUCAACAGUGUCCUAAGAGUGUGGGAUGUCCCGUACUUGGAUUUAAGUAUAAGGUAGUUGACCCAGACUCUGGAAAAAUUCUGGGAUCGAACCAAGUUGGUGAACUAAUGGUAAAACCUUUUAACAAAAAGUCGCUUUUUAACGGAUACGUCGGAAUCGAUUGCCAAGACCUUUUCGAUGCCGAUGGCUAUUUUAGGACAGAGGACUUACUAUAUUAUGACGAGAAUUUCUGUUUUUACGUAGUUGACAGAUUGAAAGCAAGAAUUAUCUACAAGGACUGGCUAAUAUACCCCUUAGUGGUGGAAAAUGUUUUGUUGCAACAUCCGCAAGUUCUAAAUGCGGUUCUUAUUGGUAUCGAUGACCCGGAGGAUGAGGAAAUAUUAAUGGGUAUAGUUACUGUUAAAAAUUAUUAUGAUAUAUGUAACAAUGCAGCAAAGAAAGUUGCUUUAGAGAAUGAAAUAAGAGAAUUUGUCGAUGAUAGGGUAGAAGAUUAUCAAAAGCUUCGCAAAGGUGUAAAGAUAGUAAACAAAAUACCAUUAACUGCAAGUAACAAAAUUAAUAGGCCUAAGAUCAAACAGUUGGUAAUGGCUGGAGAAGAAUUUUAAGAUAAAUAUUUGAAAUAGUUUAAAUCGUAUUUAUAUAUUUAUUAUUUAAUUAUCAUAUUUGAAAUGUGCAAUAUCACAUUAAUAUAUUCUUUUUCAGUCAUUUUUAUAAUUAUGUUAUAUCACAGAUAUGAUAAAAAAAAUUUAUAUAUGUGUUGAUAUGAAUAUUUACAUAUAAGGGAAAUAAAGGUUAAAACAAAAAA